AUGAAUACCAGUAAUCCUAAAUCAGACCCGGACAUCUGCCCUGCCAGUGAAGAUGAAAGUGGAGAAUGGAAAAACUUCAGGCUGCCAGAAUACAUCAAUCCAGUCCACUACGACCUGGAGGUGAAGCCUCUGAUGGAGGAAGACAGGUACACGGGCAGAGUGACCAUCUCCGUCAACAUAAGCAAGCCCACACGAGACCUGUGGCUGCACAUCAGGGAGACCAGGAUCACCAAGCUGCCGGAGCUGAGGAAGCCCUCUGGGGAGCAGGUACCAAUUCGAAGGUGCUUUGAGUACAAGAAGCAGGAGUACGUGGUGAUCCAAGCUGGAGAAGAGCUUCCCGCCACCAGUGGCGACAGUGUCUACCUGCUGACCAUGGAGUUUGCCGGCUGGUUGAACGGCUCCCUCGUGGGCUUUUACAGAACCACUUACACCGAGAAUGGGCAAGUCAAGAGCAUAGCGGCCACUGAUCAUGAACCAACGGAUGCCAGGAAGUCCUUCCCUUGUUUUGAUGAACCCAACAAGAAGGCAACUUAUAAUAUAUCCAUCAUCCACCCCAAAACUUACUCAGCACUUUCAAAUAUGCCAGUGGAGAAAGAAGAGACACUGGAUACCAACUGGAAAAAAACCACUUUUAUGAAGUCUGUCCCCAUGAGCACUUACCUGGUGUGCUUCGCUGUCCACCAGUUCACAUCUGUACAGAGAAUGUCCAACAGCGGCAAACCACUCACUAUUUAUGUCCAGCCAGAGCAAAAGCAAACAGCCGAGUAUGCUGCAAACAUAACUAAAGCUGUAUUUGAUUAUUUUGAAGAAUACUUCGCUUUGAACUAUUCUCUUCCUAAACUGGAUAAAAUCGCUAUUCCAGAUUUUGGCACCGGUGCCAUGGAAAACUGGGGACUCAUCACUUACCGAGAAACAAACCUGCUUUAUGACCCCAACGAAUCAGCCUCAUCCAACCAACAAAGAGUAGCCAGUGUGAUUGCCCAUGAACUUGUACACCAG